AACUCAGUACUGCCGACCACAUCAGCUACCCGGAAAACUAACGCCCUCACGAGCAGCACAGACAGGUAGAGUUCGUUUUCUGAGAGCUGAAGUGUGUACCUGAUAAACACGACAAUGGCUAAACUUAAUAGCUGUUUCCAACGCCUUUUUGUCUUCUUCAACCUGCUGUUUGCGAUCGUUGGAGGUGUGAUUAUCGGCCUGGGACUUCUGGGUCAAUUCGUCUACAAUGACAGCACUUCAGAGUUGGAGAACCAGACCAAAGGGUUUCUGGUGAUGUAUCUGGUAGGAGGCGUCACCAUGGCCAUGUCUCUGCUCGGGGCGUACGGAGCACACAGAGAGAAGAGAAUUCCCCUGAUCGUGUUUCUGGUGGCCUGUUUUAUUGGCUGCUUCGGCCUCCUGCGUCUGGCGGUGCCUACAGCCAUGUACCGUUCUGAGGUAUUGUUGGUUAAUAAUGUCUGUCCUGUAAUGCUGAUGUGUUAUACUGGUAGACAGGCCUACAGCCAGUGGUACUGAUGUGUUAUACUGGUA